CACAUAUGGAGUGACGCCAUCUUUCCCUGUGUGCUGCUGCUGCGCGAGCGCGGAGUUCUCGCGCACACAUUCACUCUCAGCAGGAGCUGCCGCGCGCUGCGGGUUGUUCUCUCACAUUUUCUCAACGGAUUGUCGCCAUUAUUCGCGUUUUACGUGCUGAAAACCGAAACAGGAAUAUACAGCUUUUGACACAGAUUAGUAAGCUGUGCCCGGCUGUGAGAAAAUCAUGGCUACCCAGUCUGACUUGAUGGAGCUGGAAAUGGCCAUGGAUCCGGAUCGCAAGGCUGCAGUCAGCCAUUGGCAGCAACAGUCUUACCUGGACUCAGGAAUCCACUCUGGGGCCACAACUACUGCCCCGUCCCUGAGUGGCAAAGGCAACCCGGAGGAUGACGAUGUGGAUAAUCAGGUGCUUUAUGAGUGGGAGCAGGGCUUCAACCAGUCCUUCAACCAAGAGCAAGUAGCAGACAUCGAUGGUCAAUACGCCAUGACCAGAGCCCAGAGAGUCCGGGCGGCCAUGUUCCCGGAGACUCUCGAUGAGGGCAUGCAGAUACCUUCCACACAGUUCGACUCUGCGCAUCCCACCAAUGUCCAGCGCCUGGCUGAGCCCUCGCAGAUGCUCAAACAUGCCGUGGUCAACCUCAUCAACUACCAGGACGACGCAGAGCUGGCCACUCGUGCCAUUCCAGAGCUCACCAAACUACUGAACGACGAGGAUCAGGUGGUGGUUAAUAAGGCAGCUGUGAUGGUGCACCAGCUCUCCAAGAAAGAGGCCUCUCGUCACGCCAUCAUGCGCUCCCCACAGAUGGUAUCGGCCAUUGUGAGGACCAUGCAGAACACUAAUGAUGUAGAAACAGCCCGUUGCACCUCUGGCACCCUACACAAUCUUUCCCACCACAGAGAAGGACUGCUUGCCAUCUUUAAAUCAGGAGGCAUCCCUGCCCUCGUCAAAAUGCUCGGCUCCCCUGUGGACUCUGUGCUGUUUUACGCUAUUACGACUCUACACAACCUGCUACUGCACCAAGAAGGAGCCAAGAUGGCUGUUCGACUGGCCGGAGGCCUGCAGAAAAUGGUGGCCUUGUUAAACAAAACAAACGUCAAAUUCCUCGCCAUCACGACAGACUGCCUUCAGAUUCUGGCAUACGGCAAUCAGGAAAGCAAACUUAUCAUUCUGGCCAGCGGAGGCCCACAGGCUUUGGUCAACAUCAUGAGGACAUACACCUAUGAGAAGCUGUUAUGGACGACCAGUCGAGUGCUCAAGGUGUUGUCAGUGUGCUCCAGUAACAAACCUGCCAUUGUGGAGGCUGGUGGCAUGCAAGCCCUCGGCCUUCAUCUCACAGACCCCAGCCAGCGACUGGUACAGAACUGCUUGUGGACUUUGAGGAAUCUGUCAGACGCCGCCACCAAACAGACGUCUUUAGCAGAAGUAGAUGUGCAGGAGGGCAUGGAGGGGCUCUUGGGCACCCUGGUGCAGUUGCUCGGGUCAGAUGACAUCAACGUGGUGACGUGUGCUGCUGGAAUCCUGUCCAACCUGACCUGCAACAACUACAAAAACAAGAUGAUGGUGUGCCAAGUGGGUGGCAUCGAGGCCCUCGUGCGCACCGUUCUUCGUGCCGGAGACAGAGAGGAUAUCACAGAGCCGGCUAUCUGCGCUCUCCGUCACCUCACAUCCAGACACCAGGAUGCAGAGAUGGCCCAGAAUGCAGUGCGGCUGCACUAUGGACUGCCUGUAGUAGUCAAACUGCUCCACCCUCCUUCACAUUGGCCUCUCAUUAAGGCUACAGUCGGGCUGAUCCGCAACCUGGCACUGUGCCCCGCCAACCAUGCCCCGCUCCGAGAGCAGGGUGCCAUUCCCCGCCUGGUGCAGCUUCUAGUCCGGGCCCAUCAGGACACUCAGAGACGCACCUCCAUGGGUGGAACACAGCAGCAGUUUGUGGAGGGUGUGCGUAUGGAGGAGAUUGUGGAGGGCUGCACUGGAGCUCUGCACAUUCUAGCCAGAGACAUUCACAACAGAAUCGUCAUCAGAGGACUCAACACUAUUCCACUCUUUGUUCAGUUGCUGUAUUCUCCUAUCGAGAACAUCCAGCGUGUGGCUGCAGGAGUGCUGUGUGAACUGGCUCAGGAUAAGGAGGCGGCAGAAGCCAUCGAGGCAGAAGGAGCCACUGCUCCACUCACAGAGCUCCUGCACUCCAGAAACGAGGGAGUCGCCACGUACGCUGCUGCAGUUCUGUUCCGCAUGUCUGAGGAUAAGCCCCAGGACUACAAGAAGCGACUGUCUGUGGAGCUCACCAGCUCUCUGUUCAGAACUGAGCCCAUGACCUGGAACGAGACUGGAGAUCUAGGGCUGGAUAUCGGUGCACAGGGAGAGCCUCUGGGCUACAGACAGGACGACCCAAGCUACCGCUCCUUCCAUUCCGGAGGUUAUGGGCAGGACGCCAUGGGAAUGGACCCCAUGAUGGAGCACGAGAUGGCCGGGCACCACCCGGGCCCUGAUUACCCCGUAGACGGCCUGCCUGACCUCGGCCACACCCAGGACCUGAUCGACGGCCUCCCGCCAGGCGACAGCAAUCAGCUGGCCUGGUUUGACACCGAUCUGUAAAUACAAUGACUUUUUAGCUGUAUCGUCUGAUCUGAAUGAACCUGCAUUGUGAUUUUGGCCUGUAGAGUUGCUGAGCGGGCUCAAGAGAGAGUGGGCUAGUUUCUCUGAAAGUGCCUGACACACUAAUACAAGCUGAGUUUCCUAUGGGAACACGUGGAAGUAAAACGUUUGGUUCUGAUCCUAGCCGGUCAGAAUUUUUGGUGUGAUUGACAGAAGAAAGCCCAAAAAAAAAAAGAAGCAAAUCCUAAGAUGGAGUUUUCAACCUUAGCCUUGCCUGUACUUUUAUUUUAUUUUUUCUUACUUUUUAUUUUUCAAAGGAUAUCUGGGUCUGUAAUGGUACUUAUCUAGCUUGCUUUAUGAUACUCGUCUUUUUAUUUUGCAGAACUUUGUAUUCCUUUCGACUGUCUCUCUUUCUCUCUCAUAGUGUUGAGUUCUAGUGGUAAUGAUCCAUCAAGAUUUUAUCGACUUUAUGGUGUAGAACACUAAUUAAUCAGUUGAAUUGUAUUCUUAUCAAAUGUAACAUUGUGUAGCUUUUGUAUAAAACCAAGAAUUGGAGAAGUCCAAAUAUCAGCUCUCUUGCUUUAAUGAAAUCACAAAUGUUCCAAAGGGUUUGCAAUCAGUUGGGGCCAGUUUUGCUUUCAUUUUUUUUUUACUUUUCAGUUCUCGUUUGAUUUUACUUUACUGUCUUGAUCUAUUAUGAUUAUUUUUUUUGAUGGUAGCUUUAGAAAGGUUUUUGAAAAGAACCCCUAAUUAUUGUAGCCUGCGAUUUGUUGGUUGGAGACUUGGCUAAAUAAAAUGGACUUUAAAUUUA